GCUCCCUUUUUUUUUUUUUUGGUGGAAAUGAAGGGGUGGGUCUAUGGUACAUCACCUGAGUUGUGGGGUAAAUGUAGAGAGUGUCAAUCAAAGGCAGAGCUCAGAGCUGGGAAGAAAGCUCUAGAUGGCGGCUGUGCCUUGGAGAGCGCGCUGAGCCUCCUGCCUUUUUUCCCCCUCUCUCCUCCGCCACUUUUGCGCAACUUUGUGUAACUUUUGGGCGUCCUCAAGGGGCUCCUGCGGCCCCUGGUCUCUUGUGGAGGCCAGUGCUAGGGGGAUCGUGCGUUUUUCGGGCAGAAAAGCAGCUUUGGGGGGACUUUUUUUCCCCCUCUCCCUUCGCCUGGUUAGAAAGAAACAGCCCAGGUCGUUGUUUUUCCCAGCUUGGAAGCCAUGGCGUACCUCCAUUUUUGUGCGCUCUCCUAAUGAGCUUUUUCCUCCGGAUCUUCUUUUUUUCUCCUUUUUUUUUAAAUAUUCCUUUACGGCUUUAAUGAUUGCCGAUGGCAACUAAGCAAUUGCGGGAUCGUGUGGAUUAAUUUCGAAUGUGUUAUUUUUUAAAAGAAGGCGGAUUUUGUUUUUUUUCUUGCCUGCGUUGCGUUUGGAACGCUUCGGAAGCGAAUGUUUUCCCACGACUAGAAACCGGGUUGGGGCUGGCGUUGGAGCCUGGCUCAGUAAAUACCUGGGCACAGGACUUCAGCCCAAAUCCAGCCAUCCUUCUACCUUUCCCUUAAUACUUUAAGAAUUGAAAGAUGUUGAGAAAUACGGACAAAAGCCAAGGAGAGGAGGGUUCAGUGCACAGCCAUGCAUCGAGUCACUCAGCGUCUGAAGAGGGCUCGGGUUCCGACUCAGGGAGCCAGUCAGACAGCGAGCAAGGCAGUGAUCAUGGAAGUGAAACCAACAGCAGCUCCGAGUCUUCGGGAAGUCAAUCCGAAUCAGAGAGCGGGUCCACAGCAUCCAAGUCUCGGCAGACCCCUCCGGAAGCUAAGGAGAAACCAGCAUCCAAGAAAGAAAGGAUAGCUGAUGUCAAAAAAAUGUGGGAAGAGUAUCCCGAUGUUUAUGGGGUGAGACGAUCCAACCGUAGCAGACAGGAGCCUUCGCGUUUUACUAUAAAUGACGAGGGGCAUAGCGAGUCUGAAAGUGAGAGUCCCAAACGAAGAAGCUCAAGGCAAGUGAGAAAAAUACACAGAGGUAAAUGGAAAAGGGAGGGAUCUAGGGAUGAUGACGAAGAUGAUGUUGAAGAUCAAGGCUCCAGUGGAGAGAGUGAACAAGAAGUGAAGCAAGUGAGGUCCAGAAGACUUAGUUCAAGAAGAGCAGUGACCAAAUCCAUCCCAAAAAGGAGCAGCAAACCGCAACGGCCGAAGAGGCGGAGGAAAACCGAAUCAUCAGAGGAAGAGGAGGAGGAGGAGGAGGAUGAGACUCCCAAAAGGCAAACUAAGCGCCGAGCAGCCAAAAAUGUCAGUUACAAGGAAGACGAUGACUUUGAGACCGAUUCAGACGACUUGAUUGAGAUGACAGGUGAAGGGGCGGAGGAGCAGCAAAAUAACAGCGAAACCAUUGAGAAAGUGCUGGAGAGGAGAAUAGGCAGGAAAGGAGCCACUGGGGCCUCCACCACUGUCUACUCAAUGGAAGCCAACGGUGAUCCCUGUGCCGAUUUUGAUCCAGAAAAGGAGGAAGGGGAAGUGCAGUACUUGGUUAAAUGGAAAGGUUGGUCAUACAUCCACAGCACAUGGGAAAGUGAGGACUCCUUGCAGCAGCAGAAAGUGAAAGGCAUUAAGAAGCUGGAGAACUUCAAGAAGAAAGAAGAAGACAUCAACAGUUGGUUGGAAAAGGUCACCCCAGAAGACGUAGAGUAUUUCAACUGCCAACAGGAACUGGCAGCUGAGUUGAACAAACAGUACCAGAUUGUGGAAAGAGUGAUUGCGGUGAAAACAAACAAAUCGCCAAAUCCUGGAACCGAAUUUCUAGUUCACAACCGCAAGUCCUCCUCUAAUGAGCCAGAGUACCUUUGCAAGUGGAUGGGACUUCCCUACGCAGAAUGUAGCUGGGAAGAUGAAGCUCUGAUCAGCAAAAAAUUCCAGUACUGUAUUGAUAGCUUCAACAAUAGGAACAACUCCAAAGCCAUGCCUACUCGGGACUGCAAGGUGCUGAAGCAAAGGCCUCGUUUUGUGGCCUUGAAGAACCAACCUUCCUACAUUGGUGGGGAGAAUCUGGAACUCCGCGACUAUCAGCUGGAGGGCUUGAAUUGGUUGGCUCAUUCUUGGUGCAAGAACAACAGUGUCAUCCUGGCGGACGAGAUGGGCUUGGGGAAGACCAUCCAGACCAUUUCUUUCCUCUGCUACCUCUUCUAUCAGCACCAGCUCUAUGGCCCCUUUCUGAUUGUGGUGCCUUUGUCAACCCUAACCUCAUGGCAGAGGGAGUUUGAGAUCUGGGCCCCUGAGGUCAACGUGGUUGUGUACAUUGGAGAUCAGCUGAGCAGGAAUGCUAUCCGUGAGUAUGAGUGGGUCCAUUCUCAGACCAAACGGUUGAAGUUCAACGUGCUGAUUACAACCUAUGAGAUCCUCCUGAAAGACAAGGCCGUUUUGGGAAGCAUCAACUGGGCCUUCCUAGGAGUGGAUGAAGCCCACCGCUUGAAGAAUGACGAUUCUUUGCUCUACAAGACACUGAUCGACUUCAAGUCCAACCACCGCCUGCUCAUCACUGGGACACCCCUUCAGAAUUCCCUGAAGGAACUGUGGUCCCUGCUGCAAUUCAUCAUGCCAGAGAAGUUCGAAUCCUGGGAAGACUUUGAAGAGGACCAUGGCAAAGGACGAGAGAACGGGUACCAGAGCCUGCAUAAGGUCCUGGAGCCCUUUCUCCUGCGCAGGGUGAAGAAGGACGUGGAAAAAUCCCUCCCAGCCAAAGUAGAGCAGAUCCUGAGGGUGGAGAUGUCUGCCCUCCAGAAGCAGUAUUACAAAUGGAUUUUAACAAGGAAUUACAAAGCCCUGUCCAAGGGAACACGUGGCAGCACUUCUGGCUUCCUGAACAUCGUGAUGGAGCUGAAGAAAUGUUGCAAUCACUGUUACCUGAUCAAACCUCCAGAAGAGAAUGAGAGGGAAAACAGCCAGGAGAGGCUGCAGUCUUUAAUCAGGAGCAGUGGGAAACUCAUCCUUCUGGACAAACUGCUCAGCAGGCUCCGUGCGAGGGGCAACCGAGUCCUCAUCUUCUCCCAGAUGGUGAGAAUGUUGGACAUCUUGGCGGAAUAUCUGACCAUCAAGCACUACCCUUUCCAGCGCCUGGACGGUUCUAUCAAAGGAGAAAUCCGGAAGCAGGCUCUGGAUCAUUUCAACGCCGAAGGCUCGGAGGACUUCUGCUUUCUACUCUCCACACGUGCUGGCGGCCUGGGGAUCAACUUGGCGUCGGCUGACACAGUGGUGAUCUUCGAUUCGGACUGGAACCCCCAGAAUGACCUACAGGCUCAGGCUCGGGCUCAUCGGAUUGGCCAAAAGAAACAAGUAAAUAUCUAUCGCUUGGUUACAAAGGGAACAGUGGAAGAGGAGAUUAUAGAAAGAGCAAAGAAGAAAAUGGUGCUGGACCAUCUUGUGAUACAGCGAAUGGACACCACAGGCCGGACAGUUUUGGACAACAGCUCUGAUAGAUCCAAGACAAACCCCUUCAACAAGGAGGAACUGACCGCCAUUUUGAAAUUUGGAGCCGAAGAACUUUUUAAAGAACCCGAAGGGGAAGAAUCUGAACCACAAGAAAUGGACAUUGAGGAAAUCUUACGCCUGGCUGAGACACGAGAGAAUGAACCAUCCACAAGUGCAACAGACGAACUGCUUUCACAAUUUAAAGUAGCAAACUUUGCUACAACAGAAGAGGAAGAAGCCGAGGCGGAAGAGAAAUCUCAGAAGGAGUGGGAAAGCAUCAUUCCUGAGGAACAAAGGAAGAAAGUGGAAGAAGAGGAGCGGCAGAAAGAACUUGAGGAGAUAUACAUGCUGCCCAGGAUUCGCAGCUCAGCCAAAAAGGCUCAGGCCAAUGACAGCGAAUCAGAUGUUGAAAUAAAGAGGAAGCUCCAGAGGUCUUCGGGCUCAGAUACCGAGACAGAGGACUCUGAUGAUGACAAAAGGCCCAAACGCAGAGGACGCCCUCGCAGUGUUCGGAAGGACACAGUGGAAGGCUUUACAGACCCUGAAAUCAGAAGAUUUAUCAAGGCAUACAAGAAGUUUGCUGUUCCUUUGGAACGACUGGAAUGCCUCGCUCGGGAUGCUGAACUGGUAGAGAAAUCGGUAGCUGAUCUGAAACGUUUGGGAGAACUUCUCCAUAACAGUUGUGCUUCAGCCAUGCAGGAGUACGAAGAGCAUCUGAAGGAGAACCCAACUGAAAGUAAAGGACCAGGGAAGAGAAAGGGGCCCACAAUUAAGAUCUCUGGAGUCCAGGUGAAUGUGAAAGCAAUUAUUCAACAUGAGGAGGAGUUUGCGAUGCUCCAUCAGACCAUUCCCAGUGACCCAGUGGAGAGGGCAAGGUUUCGUCUGAACUCCCGUGUCAAAUCUGCCCAUUUUGAUGUAGACUGGGGAGUGGAAGAGGAUUCUUCCUUGCUGCGGGGGAUUUAUGAGCAUGGAUGUGGGAACUGGGAGCUCAUCAAGUCAGACCCAGAACUGAACCUCACUGAAAAGAUUUUACCAGCUGAGACAGAUAAAAAGCCACAGGGGAAGCAGCUCCAGGCGCGAGUAGAUUAUCUGAUGAAGCUUAUCAAAAGAGACAUGAAGAGGAAAGAGAACCCGAACAAGACAGAGGAGGACAGGGCCAAAGUUGUAAAGCCCCGAAUCCGGAAAGAAAACAAACCCCCCAAAAUCAAGGAGGAGCCAGGAAACGAAUCCUCUUCUCCGCAGCCUCCAGACAACCAGUCAGUAGAAGGACAGAAGAAGCCCAAAGGCGCCGAGGCCAAACCCGGAAACCAAGGGAAGAAACUGCUGGGUCAGGGUCCCGUCCACAUUACGGCAGGAAGUGACCCUGUCCCCAUUGAAGAAGAGGAAGAGGAUGAGUUAGACCAUGCAACCUUCACCAUUUGCAAAGAGCUGAUGAGGCCAGUUAAGAAGUCCCUGAAGCAGCUGGAUAAGCCAGAAAGAGGACUUACAGACCACGACCAGCUGGAGCAAACACGGAGUUGCCUACUCAAGAUCGGAGACCACAUUGCUGAAUGUUUGAAAAUCCACACUGAACAGGAAGUCUUUAACGUAUGGAGAAGGAAUCUAUGGGUAUUUGUCUCCAAGUUUACUGAAUUUAAUGCCAAGAAAUUACAUAAGAUAUAUAAGAUGGCUAACAAAAAGCGAUCCCGGGAACAGGAGGUAAGAACAGAGGAACAAAAAAAGAAGGAAGAGGCAACGAGUGGCAAGCGGCUUCGUCCAGAAGCUCCUGGGACCAGUCGAGAUAUUCCGAUGUCUCCUGUCCCCCAUAGCCCUCAUGGUCAAAAACUGCAGCAGCCAUCUCCUCACCCUUCCCAGAUGCAUGGACAUCCACGAGAGAACUACCACCAGCCAAAUAGAAGGCAUUUCAGCCACCCAGAACGAAGCGAAUGGCAGAGGGAUCGCAAAUUUAACUACAGUGGCAAUUCCAAUACGAAUUGGGGCAGAAACCGUUAUCAUGCAUAUGAGCCGCGCUGGCACAAGGAUCACCAUUAUGCGGAUCGCCAGGCGCGCAGAGAACAGUAUCGGAGCUCAGGAAACUACCAGCCCAGCAACCUGUCUCGUAAACGCCCCUACGAUCAGUACAACAGUGAACGCAAUUACCGCGGACAACCGGACUACAGAUACUGUCAUGAAGCCAAGAGACGAAGAUUAGAUGGAUUCCGGCCCCAGAAUUACCAACAAGAUUAUCGGAGGAUGUCUGACUAUAGACCUCCCUUGAGUUAUCACGGGCAAGGGCCAUCCGACCAUUACAGGCCUUUCCACCAAGAUAAAUCAGCCGAUUAUAAGCAACUCCUUCCCCCUCCUCACUCCCAGGUCCCUGACCCUCGCUCUCCAGCUUCUCAGAAAUCUCCACUUGGUGCCAAGUCUCCCAUUCAGCAUCGCUCACCUCUGGAUAGGCCCUUAGAUCAGAAGAACAAUCCAGAUUAUAACUGGAGUGGUCGGAAAACCUAGAGGCCCAGAAUCAGAGGCCAACGGAAAGAGCUAGUCCGGCCCAAGGAAACACCAGUUAUAGGGCCAUCAAUGCUGGAACCAGAAAGCCUGAAUACAGUGCUGUAGAGCUUGGGGCUGUAAGAAUUGGAAGGGGGUCAGAAAAACUGGAUCCACCGGGGAGCCUGAACUUUAGCUCCAAAUUUGCCUUCCAUCAGGAUACUGGCUGGGUGUUGGGAGGGGUCUUCCCUGCACCAAGAGAUCUGUAGAGAACAAGGUCAGGUCUACCACCUACGUUUUGGAACGAAGAUUUUGGGUUUGUAUCCAUAAUGCCAACUUGAAUUCUGGACAUUUCACAGAAUGGACAGACAGGCUGCAAAGGGUACAGACGGAGGCAAAAGCUAUAUGGUUUUGGAGUUCAGGUUCAAUUUGCUGCCGGAAGGGGGUGAUAAGGAAGACCACGAUAGCUACAGCUGUUGAAUAAAACAUUGGCGUCAGGGAGGGCAGGAGUGAGACGGAUUUACAGAAUGGUGAAACCAACUUUUGAUGAAAAUGCUUGGAACUCUUUACUGAAGAGAUUUGGAAGUCUGUGGACUUAAGAGGCCAGAAAACGAAACAAAAGAAGGAGGAAUGGUUUAUGGUCCCUCUUUUUCGCUUCUCCAUGCUUUUCUUUGCCUUAACAAUUUUGGGACUUUGAGCAGCACUAUGUGAACCAAGUAGAGCUGUGGACAAAGAACAGGUUUUAAAUGGUGGCAGAACUUUCAUUUCCAUGGUUGCGAAGGAGCGAGAAGGACAGUAUGUCCACGACAUUGGGAGACUUCAGUAUUCAAAAAUUGACUGUAGAGCUCCUGUUUUUUCUUCUCCUUCUCCUCCUCAUGAUCCACGGGAACACCAGGGAUUCAGCUUGGAGAAAGGAGCUGAGAGGAGGGUCCACCUCAGACAGGAUUCCAUGAACAUCUCAAGAUGGUCAACUUCGCACUUCUGGUU